GCUCCGCUAUCCGCUAGAUCUCGCCAAGUAUACAUAGAAGUCUCUGUGUAUUUUCUGUCGCCUUUCCGAGGGCUUUCGUUAGAAUCCGUCAGCGUGUGCAGGUCGGCAAGUUGUCCCGACGAGUUCGACCCUUAUGCCGCACAUCGAUAGGAGGUUUAUCUCCAGCGCGCGGGCCCCAUGCAUUAGGAUCUUCAUGCAAAAUUAGGGGGGGAAUCCGGAUUUGUGUGUGUGUAUUUUUUAAUUUAAUAGUGAACUUCGAGGAACUCAAUAACAGCCCUCAUAGAUGUCUCGGCCAAAAGAUCCCCCGCCACGGGCACAGCAUUCACGGCAGGAGCAAAAUGACGACGAGGAGAGCCCGCAAUUACAAUGCCAUCUGUGGGCCAGGGACGUCCAGACGUUACUCAACGACGAGACGGGAUGCGCUCUCUUCGAGAGAUUUCUUCAAGAGGAGGAGUGUGAUAAGUCGGAACUGUGCUUCAUUUACGUUUGUCGCGGUCUCCGUUCAAAUCUCAAGUCCGAAAAGAGGGAUCGCUCCGCCUGGGCGAUCUACAGAAGUUGUUUGAAGAGCGGCAUAGUCAGCGCUGUGUCCGACGAUGUCAAGGCGACCAUCAGAGAGCGACUCGAAGCGGGCGACAUCGGACCUGAGCUCUACGACGAAGCCGUUCAACAAGUUGUGGAAAACAUGACAAAAACUACCUUCGUCAGAUUUAUUCAAUCGGACAUCUAUAUCGAGCACGUUCAGCGUGUGAUGGCUUGCGGGGAGGGUGCCGACUCGACACCGCCGACGGAUAAUGACCACAACGAAGAUUUUGAAUCUAGUAAGUCUCCGGUGAAUCUCGACUCUGACGAAGACUCACCACCUCCGAUAACGCAUAAACGUGCCAACAGCAGUGCUCCGAGCGGCGAUGUGGCGAACAACGACAACAACAACGACAGUUUCUUCGCGAGUCAGAUGCCCACUCUCGACGAGGAUGAAGAGCUGGAGAACUCGACCCUCCUACCGUCUCGGUCGUCGGGCCAGAGAAAAGCCUCGCACGCGGGUGCGCCGCCCCCGAGACCACCUCAGAGCAAAAUGAUUCAACUUCAGAAGCGACAGAGUCAGAUUGGACUGAAGUAUAUCGAGAAGAUCGGCCAGCCCGGCUUCCGUCCGCCGCCGAAUCCGUAUCACGUGAAUAACUCGUACUUCGUGCCGCCGUCGGCCUACCACUCGGAUAUGCAGAGCUUGUCUUCUGGAAACUACACUGAUCUCGACAACGAUGGCAAACGCAUCGAUCAUUACAGACGGCACUCCAAUGAGAUCGACCGACGAAAAACUCAAAGGAAAACCAUCAAUGGCCGUGACCCGCUUCCGCACACGAUACAGAGGACACAGUUUUUGAUCGAUCGGAACGACGAGAACUUGUUACGAGAACUACCGAGAGAUAACCCAAGGGAGUUUCACCGUAUACUUUGUGAAAAACUACAGAAGGUCCUCGGGGAGUCUACGGAAGACGACGUGCACAACCAAGCAAUCCUGGACAACCACGUCCAGCGGGUAUUCAAAACACCACCAGUUCAGACCCCGCGCGCCCCGUCCCCACCCCUCGAGAGACAAGUUUUUGCGAAAGCAGGUCACAAAUCCCCGUAUCACAUGAGUUCUGGUCUGCUGCGAAACAACAACCGCCGCGACGAAAUCGAUACCUCGAUCCACGCAUGCUUCAACGGGGUAGGCUCCGGUGCUCCGAUGGCUCCCCCGCGUGGUCGUAGUUACCCGGGCGACAGCUCCGGCUUCGGCGACAGCGUCCUCAGUGCUCCCGCAUACAACCAUCACGAAAAUGUAUGCGAAUGGUUCAACCGAACGGGACACGAGCCGUCCACGUCUUCUAGAGGGAAAAACAAGGCCAGUGACUGCUCCGGGUCGAAUAGAUCCUCGAGAUCAGGCCAAGACAGCAAGAAGAAAAGCCAGACUUCGAACAAAGACGCCGAAGUCGUUGUCGGUUAUCAUUACGAAGGUGAUGCACAUCCAUUCGUAAUACGGUUGCAGCAGAAGAACUUGCGGCUCAAGGACUUCAAAGCACAUCUGACGCGGAAGGGCGUUUUUAGAUAUUUUUCAAAUGCCCCAUGGACGAGUUCGGGGCGAACGGAGUUUAUGAGGAGGUGAAAGACGACGACCAGCUUCUACCGCUCUGGGACGGUAAAGUAUUCUCCCAGAUUGUCCCUGCUGAGCUUCCAACUUCGUCAAGAACGGCUCCGGAAAUCAUGAUGUGAGCUCGGGAGCCCGACUUUGUUUGCAAGUGUGUAAAUACUGUAAUUUUGUUAAACUACACUUUGUUGAGACACCCCAUAGAAAACGAAGGAAAGCUGACGCUAUGGAACUGUACUGUACAACACAGCCGCAAUCCUAGGAACUACCGAAGUGCCUAAAUGUUGA